AUGCACUGGACGGAGAGACACUGUAGAGCGGACGAAGAUAUAUAUCAGUCUCGAGUAUUGGAAAUCGUCCCGUUUGAGUUUCACCUUAUCGUCUUCCUUGGCGCGAAACUCGACAAACGCGGCGUGCACCUCCUGGUCGACGGUGCGACCCAUCGUAAUAUUCGAGACAGUACGAGGGAGCAGCAGCGAGGGGUCGACGACCGACGACGUCUUGACGGCUGCUCGCUGGCCUGGGAGAGCGAGAGGAUGCACACUGGGCGAUGCGCUGGAGAGCUCGGCGAUGCUUGCCUUGCGGGCGAUGCUGGUGGCCGGACGUCCCCCACGGACUUUGCACAGUCGCUCGAGUCUUCCUGCCUGGCCGACGGGGAGAACUGGAUAACGGCUCCCUCACUCAGUCAGCCAGGACUCGGGUUCAGCCCGGAUGUCUUUCUCUCGGUGUCGACUCACCUGCUGGCCAAUCCAAAUCUCAUAUCCCCCAGUCUCUUCAGGGCAGACAUCCUCCACGACAGCUGGGGGGUCUUGGAGACCACGGCGGAUAGAGAGAGCAGUCUGCCAGAGAGAGAUGUAGCAAAGAGAGACGAAACACGUCCGUCUCGGCCCGUCUUUCUUGGAUUUGAACUGCAGCGCGUGGUAGUGAGGAGGUUGAUACCCAGGAAUCCAAACCUCGACCCGGCCCACGACCAGACCUGCCAUCUCUACAAAGGCAAAGGGGACCAGGACGAUGUUCACAAAACAUCCUAUCUGGCCGUAUACUAUCCCCAUGCCACCUCUGAGCAGGAUAUGCCGUUCUACCACCCGGUCGUGCGUGGAUUUGCCCUCCUCUACUCCCACGACGACGGCUCCAGCAACGGUGGAAUCAUGUCCCUUCACUUCCUCCCUUUCUCCCCAGACAUCCCAUCCACCAUCCCCAACCGUCUCCAUCGAACCCUUCUCAAUCUCCUAUCCAUACACAUCCGUCUUGCCUCGGGACCGUCGGCAACGUCCCACCCAAGCGGUACACAGCCCAGGCCGUUCAAGGAUAACUUGAUCCCCCAGCAUACGGUCCAGAACACUUACACGAAACUAAAGUCAAAAUACGCGCCCAGUCUGGUGAAGAACUGGGUAGAGGUUACAGAGCCGUCCAAGCACGUGUUUGAAGACCUCUCGAUUGCCGCGUUUUUGAUCGAGCUGUGGAAGACCAUGUAUCAUUUGCCUGCAUCUGACUCUACGCUCAGAGAAGAAGAGAAUGGGCAUGAUGUGAUGGGAGGGGGACGUCCUGAACAAAAGACUGGUUUUCCUGGGUUCGUCGACAUCGCAUGUGGGAAUGGUGUGUUGGUGUAUAUCCUUCUCUCGGAAGGGUACGGAGGCUGGGGUUUUGAUGCCCGUUCUCGCAAGACCUGGUCGAUUUUUCCUUCCUGGGUGCAAGAACAGCUGAAAGAAAGGACGUGUGUGCCGCAGCCGUUUAAGGAUGUUCUACCCCACGCGUCUGAUGAUAACGGUUCAACUAUCUCCGGCCAGUUCAAGGAUGGCACAUUCAUCAUAUCCAAUCACGCAGACGAACUCACUCUCUGGACUCCGCUGCUUGGGAUCAUAUCCAACCCGUCUCAGCCACUCCCAUUCCUUGCCAUACCGUGCUGCUCUCAUGGCCUGUCGGGUGCAAGAUAUCGCUAUCCGCCUCCAAGGGGUGCCCUUAAGGGAGGUCACAAGGAGACUACUGAAAAUGAACAGUCAAACGAGAAUAUUGAUGAUGAGCACCACGACCAUAACUCUCAGCCUGAAAGUGGUGAUCUGAAAGCUCUGCGUGCGAAAAAGCUUGAAGCUCAGAAGAAUCCAGGGUCCCUUUCGUCCACAUACGGCUGCCUGACUGCUAAACUUGUCAGUAUAGCCGAGGAGGUAGGCUACGAAGUCGACAAGACACUACUGCGUAUUCCUAGUACGCGAAACAUCGGAGUGAUCGGGGGGCUAAAGGCGUGGCAGGCCGUUACCUCGCUUCCUAACACUGCUUCAAUCGACGAGCCGGAUAAAAUGGCUGCUGACGUCGAGGAGCGUAAAGAACGUGUCCAGAAGGUUGUGGAAAGAGAGACAGAUAGGGAUGCUGGACUAUGUGCCUCUGCAGAGUCAUGGGUUGAACGGUCGAUGGGGUUGAAUAAAGGUCAGGGAAGAGGAAAGCUCAACUGUAGAAAUGAACAUCACGAUUGA